AGCUAAAUCACUUCUUUAAAGUUUGCUCUUCUUCUUGACCAUCUCACCUUUUCUUAUUAUCGGACACAAUUUGGCUUGCAAUCGAGUGCGUCCGGUUGGCUCCAAUUUGGUUGGCCAAACUACUUGGAUUACCAGUGCCCACUUUCUUCGAUUUCUUCCAUUGAACUUGCAGACUAAUGUCAAAUUCACCGACUCAACUAAAGCUUCAUUCGGCAUGGUGUAACUGCACCAAACUAGACGUCCUUCUUCACUUCGGAUCUGCACUCCGGAUAAACCUGCAAAGCCCCGAGAUAGAUCUCGGGGUAGAUACUCCGAUGCUUAAGUCAGCAAUAAUCGGGGCUACCAGUAAAGCGAAGGAACAAGGAGUUUAGGGUUGGUUUUUUCAUCACCUUUUGGCGUGGCCCUUAAGAGGUAUUUAUAUGUUCCGAUGCAGAAUCCACGCGGCAUGUCAAUCAAGAUGCCAAGUAAGAUAUCCGGGAUCCGAUGUGUAUCUCCAGGCAGUUAUUUCGGGGCCGGGAGUUGAGCUAAGCAAAAUAUCCGGGAUUUGAUAUGUAUCUCCAAGCAGUUAUUUCGGGGUCGGGAGAUUGAGAUAUAUUUAGAUACAAGGAUGUCCAUCGUAACUGCCGUGUAGCUAUUCUAGCGGGAGGCUCUGGACUUACCCUUACACAUGGUUAUGAUUUUUUUAUUUUUUAUUUUGAUUUUUAUAAAUUUUACAACUCUAA